GACAGAAGAAGCAAGCAAGCAAUCUCUCCUCUCCAAUAGGAAGAAGAAAAACAGAGCAAGCCAAACUUACAACAAGUCUCGCCCACCCCACCCAACCCAUGGCAGUGGCAGACUUCUUCGCCGGAGAGAUUAUCACGGAGCUCCUGAAGAACCUGAUAGCCAUAUCCAAAAAAUCAUGGCAGUUCAAAGACAGCGCCAACGGUCUCAAAGACUCCAUAGAACAGCUCCUCCCCAUAAUCCAAGAAAUCAAGUACUCCGGCGUCGAGUUGCCGGCCAUCCGCCAGUUUCAGCUCGACCGUCUCUCGGAGACUCUCCGGCAGGGACAUGAGCUGGCCCACAAGGUCCUCCUCUCCUCUCGCUACAACAUUUACAAGAACCUCCAAUAUGCCCGCAAGAUGGAGAGGAUCGAAAAGACCGUCGCCAAGUUCAUCCAGGGCCCAUUGCAGGCCCAUAUCUUGGCCGACGUCCACCACAUAAGGUUCCAGACCACCGAGCGCUUCGACCGCCUGGAAGGCUCCAGCUACCGCCUGGAGCAGAGGCUCGGCGCUAUAAAGAUUGGAGCUUGCAGUGGCGGCGGAGGUGUGUCGUGGGUGGAAGAGGCUGUGAGGCGCGUGGAGGAGGAGGGUCGGAUGCAAUGGGAGAGCAGCAGUGAGUUGGUUUUGGGCUUGGGUUUCGGGUUGAAGAAAGUCAAGGAAAUGGUUCUUGGCAGAGAUGACUUGUUCGUUGGGAUUAGUGGGAUUGGCGGCUCGGGAAAAACCACUCUUGUUAAGGAGUUGAUUAAGGAUGAUCAUGUUCGAUCUUACUUUGGUGAGAGAAUCCUGUUCCUGACGGUGUCACAAUCUCCGGAUAUAGAGGAUUUGAAGGCCAAGAUCUUGGGGUUCAUUAUGGGGGGUCAAGUUUCGAGUCCCAGUUCUGUGCUUCCUCAAAUGAACUUUCAGUUUGAAUGGAGAAACCCAACCCUGGUGGUUUUGGAUGAUGUUUGGUCACUUUCAACGCUUCAGCCACUGCUCUUCAACAUUCCUGGCUGUAAAACCCUUGUGGUUUCACGUUUCAAAUUCCAAACAGUAACAAAAGCCACCUAUGACGUGGAGUUGCUGGGUGAAGAUGAAGCAGUCUCUCUGUUUUGCCACUCUGCUUUUGGCCAAACGUUCAUUCCUCCUGGUGCUGAUAAGAAAUUGGUCAAGCAGAUUGUUGAUGAGUGUAAGAGGCUUCCUUUGGCUCUCAAAGUGAUUGGGUCUUCUUUACGAGACCAGCCUGAAAUGAUUUGGGCAAAUGCAAGCAAAAGGUUGUCACGAGGGGAAAGCAUCGGCGAGUCGCAUGAGAACAACCUACUUGAUCGGAUGGCAAUCAGUGUGAAAUGCUUAAGCCCCAGAGUCAGGGAAUGUUUCCUGGAUUUGGGUGCCUUUCCAGAAGACAAGAAGAUCCCACUGGAUGUUCUUAUCAACAUUUGGGUUGAAACCCAUGAUCACAUUGAUGAAGAACAAGCCUUUGCUAUUCUUCACGAGCUUUCGGACAAGAAUCUUGUCACCCUAGUAAAAGAUGCAAGAGAUGGAGACAUAUAUAGCAGUUGCUAUGACAUCUCAGUUACACAACAUGAUGUCUUGCGAGACCUUGCUCUUCAUUUGAGUAAUAAUGGCUCUGUAAAUCAACGCAGCCGAUUACUGAUGCCAAGAAGAGAGAUAGAACUUCCAAGAGAAUGGGACAGGCAUUCUGAUGAACCAUUUCAAGCUCGAAUUGUGUCAAUUCAUACAGGUGAAAUGACAGAGAUGGAUUGGUUCGAGAUGGAAUUCCCCAAGGCUGAAGUGCUCAUCUUGAAUUUCGCCUCCAACGAGUACUUGUUACCUCCUUUUAUUCGUAACAUGCCAAAGUUGAAGGCAUUGAUCCUGAUAAAUUACAGUGCAUCCAUUGCAAUUCUCCAUGGUUUUUCUGUCUUGUCAAAUUUGGGCAACUUGAGAAGCCUAUGGCUUGAAAAAGUCUCGGUGCCUCCCUUAGACCCUGCUACCUUCCCUUCCAAAAAAUUACGCAAGAUUUCAUUAAUCUUGUGUAAGAUUAAUAAGAGCCUCGAUCAAUCAGCAUUUCCUCGGCUCUUAGAACUCACAAUUGAUCAUUGUGAUGAUUUGUUCGAGCUACCUUCAAGCAUUUGUGGGAUGCAUUUGCUUAAAAAUCUAAGCAUAACCAACUGUCACCAUCUAUGGCAACUGCCAGCGGAUUUGAGUAAGCUGAAAUCUCUACAAAUCCUAAGGCUAUAUGCAUGCCCACAUCUGCAAAAACUUCCUCCUGACAUUUGUGAGCUCUGUUGCUUGAAGUAUCUAAACAUUUCCCAAUGCUGUAGUUUGAGGGGCCUUCCCUUAAACAUUGGUAAGUUGGCAAGUUUGGAAAAGAUUGACAUGAGGGAAUGCUCACAAAUCAGGAACCUUCCAAAUUCUACAGCAGCUUUACCAUCUCUUGGUCGUGUAGUAUGUGAUGAAGAGAUUUCUUGGUUCUGGAAGAAGGCAUUGCCAGACCUUCAUGUUCAGGUUGCAGAGAAAAGUUUCGAUCUUGACUGGCUUGAUGAGUGAACAAAAUUGUGAAUUCUUUUGUCACUACAGGUUGAUGUAAAUAAUUGGUCUGUAUUAAAAGAAACAAUCUUUUGCAUAUCUUAUUUCUGUGAUUCUGAUAUCUAUCUUUCAA